UGGCAGCAGGAGGCGCGGCGCGGCCUUCUAAAUGUGCGGCGAGGGAGGAAGGAGAGAGGAUUCCGUGGUGGCGAGGACGGAGGGAGGUGAGGUCUCGCAAGAGGACGUGGGAUGAAGUGUGGGUGUGGUUGUGGGUGCAGUUGUGGUUGUGGUUGGGUUGUGGUUGCGGUGAGCGUCGUGGUCGAGAGCGUUAAUGGCGUCGGCACGGUCUGGUUUCGCCAACGGGUCAAGGACUCAAGCCAUCACCGAACUCCAGAAUUAGCGGGCCGGCCUGGGACGUAUGAUUGUGGGCCGGAGAAUCGAGUGCUGUACGUACUGUAUGUCGAUUUGCGAAGCGUGGGCUGGAGCGAGUGUUACAAAAGAAAUGAAGAGCUGCCCGGCAGGUCCUUGCUUUCUUCUGUGGCUCUGUCGCGACUCGCGGAAUCUUGAUAUUCCUCCCCCCCUGGUUCAGACUGCCCUCCUUUCCUUCCUUGGAUCGGCCUCCUGGAUCGGCCUCCUGGAUCUGACAGGCCCAGCAAAUGGGCAGCUGCGACUCUGGGCCACUCAAACCGUUUUUGGGGAAUGCUUAAACUCACGCGAGAUGGUUCGACUGCGAGAAGGGGGAGGGGAGUGGAAGGGGGCAGAAAUAUGCGCAGCGAGCCUGCGUUUUGUGAAAGACCGACGACGCAGAGUCAGCAAGCAGCUUGGUCCGUCGUCAUCUCAUCACUCCCCUCUCACGCAUGGCAUCCCCAGCCAGAGCCACAUCCGCAGUGGCCAGACCGCAGCGUGUCCGUCCAGGUGUACAUCGGAAAUGCACCGCCAAUGCAUACAGAGAACCUCCUGUGAUGACACGUCGUGACCGCUGACCCACCAAGCGUCCCCUCAGCAGCGCUGUCUGCUCCGUCAAUAUCCUCCUCUUCACUCCUAUCCUAUCCCGGGAGAUCAUCCAGCUCUCCGCCAGA